GAGCAUAUGCUCAAGUAUCCCACAGCGUUUUCCUUCAUACUUACAUUCAAAAAAACGUAUACAAGUAUAAAAGUAUAAAAGAAAAACCUACUGAUAGCAAUUAUGUGUCUGCGACUAGUUGGAUCUGCUCUCUGUUGCUGUUGCAAAUUGGGUCUCAAGUGCCUGUGCAUUUUCGCCUGUUCCACGGUCGGUGUUAUAAUAAUAGUUGCCUUGGUCUUGUACUUUUGUUUCGUCCACAACAAAUCGGAGGACACGACCACAAAGUCUCAAGCUGAUUCUAGAAUGGAGACAUCCUUGAAGGAUAGCAUAACUACUGCAAGAGAAGCCCCUUCGCUUGCCAGAGCAUAUCUCCAAAAACUAAUAGAACGAAUUUGAUAUGUGCAAAGAUUCUUUAUAAAUGAAAUAAUAAUGUAUGAAACGGCAAUAAGAAUCAAUUGAUUUUGGA